AUGUCGUGUCCCGACUGCUUCAGCGGCAGCACUCACGAGGGAAAUCCCUCCGGCGAGGUUACCACAUUGCACGGCCUCGAGGUCUACAUUGCAAAGCCUGCCGGUGAUAUCGCGCCACGAGGAAUUAUCAUUAUAAUACCUGAUGCAUUUGGGUGGGAGUUUAUUAACAAUCGUCUGUUAGCGGAUCAUUAUGCAGAGAGAGGAGGAUACCUCGUCUAUCUCCCAGAGUUCAUGAACGGACAUGCCGCCUCACUUACCUUGUUAAACUCAACGAAAGAAGUGCUGAAAACGAGCGGUGUUAUCGGCUGGAUCAAGGCGCCAUACUACGUUGCGUCUAUUAUCUACGCUCUCGCUCCCUUUGCGUACUACAACGGCUUCGGCUCGACUGGGCCAGUUGUCAACGCCUUCUUCAAAGGCGUACGUGAUAAUGAAGGAGCAGAACUUCCAGUAUACGCCGCUGGCUUUUGCUGGGGAGGUAAACACACCGUGAACCUCGCAAGCGGCGUUGAGACAUCAACGAGUGGGAAGCCACUCAUCGAUGCAGGCUUCACGGGACAUCCGAGUAGGCAGGCCGCUGAAGCAGAGGACCAGGCGUUGGCCUGGUUUGGCAAACAUCGUCCGUGA